GGGAUAUUUUCAUCUCGCAGCCCCGAAUGAGCUUCCCCCCCUUCUUCUCUGAGCCAGAUGGAGACGCAUUUGGUUUCUCUUUUAACCAUGUUACUUUUGCAAGGAGAAUAAAAUGAGCAGGAACAGCUAUUGGCCGCCGCAACAUAAGAAAGCCCUGCUCUGCCAGAGGAAACCACAUAAAAGCGUGCGUGUGUGUGUUUGGGGGGAGGGCGCAGCGAGGGAUGAUGCCUGGAGCUUCUUGCACUCGGAGCUGCGAUUUGUGAGUGAAACAUGAUGAAAUCGCCCCCUGGACAAAUCACACGAGCCUGUCAACCUCACCAGGUUAUAUCUUUAUUUGCUUUUGCCUUUGGAGUAAAUGUCUGCAUGGGAUUUACAACACAUCGAUUUAGGAGAUCUGAAGAAUGGGAUGAGGGCCCAGUCUCAGUUCUGUCAGAUUCCCCCUGGAUCAGUACCUCUGGCUCCUGCAAGAACAGAUGCUUUGAACUUCAAGAGGCAGAGCCUCCUGGCUGCCGCUGUGACAACCUGUGCAAGAGCUACAACAGCUGCUGCUUUGACUUUGAUGAGCUGUGCUUAAAGACAGCUCGGGGCUGGGAAUGUACCAAAGAUCGCUGUGGAGAAACCAGGAAUGAUGACAAUGCUUGUCACUGCUCUGAAGACUGCUUAAGUAGAGGAGAUUGUUGUACUAAUUACCAAGUCGUUUGCAAAGGAGAAACCCAUUGGGUGGAUGAUGACUGUGAAGAGAUAAAGGCUCCUGAAUGUCCAGCGGGCUUUGUUCGUCCCCCUUUGAUCAUCUUCUCUGUUGAUGGCUUCCGUGCAUCAUAUAUGAAGAAAGGGAACAAGGUCAUGCCCAAUAUUGAAAAACUGAGAUCUUGUGGAACACAUUCUCCUUACAUGAGACCUGUCUACCCUACAAAAACCUUCCCCAACUUGUACACCCUUGCUACUGGACUUUAUCCUGAAUCACAUGGAAUCGUUGGCAAUUCGAUGUAUGACCCAGUGUUUGAUGCCAGCUUCAGUCUUCGAGGGCGAGAGAAAUUCAAUCACAGAUGGUGGGGAGGUCAACCAAUUUGGAUUACUGCAGCCAAGCAAGGGGUGAAAGCUGGCACGUUCUUCUGGUCUGUUGUCAUCCCCCAUGAGCGCAGAAUAUUAACAAUACUGCAGUGGCUAACCCUUCCAGACAAUGAAAGGCCUUAUGUUUAUGCUUUCUACUCUGAGCAACCAGAUGCUGCUGGCCACAGAUAUGGUCCUUUCAACUCAGAGAUGAUGGUGAAUCCCCUGAGAGAGAUUGACAAAACAGUAGGACAACUAAUGGAUGGACUGAAACAGUUGAAACUACAUCGAUGUGUCAAUGUCAUAUUUGUUGGUGAUCAUGGGAUGGAAGACACUACUUGUGAAAGAACUGAAUUUUUAAGCAACUAUCUGACUAACGUGGAAGAUAUAAUUUUGCUGCCUGGAUCUUUAGGGCGAAUUCGCCCUAGGUCUAGCAAUAACCUAAAAUAUGACCCUAAAGUGAUUGUGGCCAACCUGACAUGUAGAAAGCCAGACCAGCAUUUCAAGCCUUACUUGAAACAGCACCUGCCUAAACGUUUGCACUAUGCUUACAACCGAAGAAUUGAGGAUGUCCAUUUACUGGUGGACCGCAAAUGGCAUGUGGCAAGGAAAGCUAUGGACGUUUACAAGAAACCAACGGGAAAAUGUUUCUUCCACGGAGACCAUGGCUAUGACAACAAGAUAAACAGUAUGCAGACUGUCUUUAUAGGUUAUGGCCCUACCUUCAAAUACAAGACCAAAGUACCUCCUUUUGAAAAUAUUGAACUUUACAAUGUCAUGUGUGAUCUGCUUGGAUUAAAGCCAGCUCCAAAUAAUGGCACCCACGGAAGUUUAAAUCACCUGCUGAGAGCCAAUGUUUAUAAACCAACUGUGCCAGAUGAAGUUGCUAAACCACUCUAUCCUGUCGCUCUACCUUCUGCAUCAGAUUUUGAUAUAGGAUGUACAUGUGAUGAUAAGAAGAACAAGUUGGAUGAACUCAACAAGCGCUUUCACGUCAAAGGAACAGAAGAAAAGCAUCUUCUAUAUGGGCGCCCUGCAGUACUGUACCGCACAAAAUAUAAUAUCUUGCAUCACCAUGACUUUGAAAGUGGCUACAGUGAAACAUUCCUGAUGCCUCUCUGGACAUCCUACACUAUUUCUAAACAGGCAGAGGUAUCUGGUGUCCCGGAACACCUGGCCAGCUGUGUGAGGCCCGACCUCCGCAUUUCUCCAGGAAACAGCCAGAGCUGUGCAGCCUACAGGGGUGACAAACAGCUCUCCUAUGGCUUCCUUUUCCCUCCCCAAUUAAGUUCCUCUGCAGAAGCAAAAUAUGAUGCUUUUCUAAUAACAAAUAUCAUUCCAAUGUAUCCUGCUUUCAAAAAGGUAUGGAACUAUUUCCAAAGGGUUUUGGUGAAAAGAUAUGCUACUGAACGAAAUGGAGUCAAUGUUAUAAGUGGGCCAAUCUUUGACUAUGACUAUGAUGGUUUACAUGACACAACUGACAAAAUAAAACAGUUUGUGGAAGGCAGCGCCAUCCCUGUUCCUACUCAUUACUAUGCCAUCAUAACCAGCUGCUUAGAUUUCACUCAACCAGCCGACAAAUGUGAUGGACCACUCUCUGUUCUCUCAUACAUCCUUCCCCACCGGCCUGACAAUGAUGAGAGCUGCAAUAGCUUGGAGGAUGAAUCAAAGUGGGUUGAAGAUCUUCUUAAAAUGCACACUGCGCGUGUGCGUGACAUUGAACAGCUCACAAGCUUGGACUUCUUCCGAAAGACCAGUCGCAGCUACACAGAAAUCCUCUCCCUAAAGACUUACCUGCAUACGUUUGAAAGUGAAAUUUAGCUUUCUAACCUUACUCAGUGCAUCCUUUUAUCAACUGGUGUAUAUUUUUAUAUUGUUUUUAUAUUUAUUAAUUUGAAGCCAGGACAUUAAAAAUAUUAGUAUUUUAAUCCUGUAUCAAAUCUUAAAUAUUAAACCCUUGUGUCGUUUUGUUUCUGUAAUGUUUAAUAUAGGUAUGUCUCUUGGUUUAUUUAGUAGCGCUUGUAAUACUGCAGCUUGAGUCCUUACUCUGAGCUUUUAAGUGGUGCUGCAGGAUUUGAUACGUGCAUCAAGGAAAUAUUAAUUUCCCAUGCUCCUUUACCACACUUGUAGUCCUGUACUGUGUAUCAAAAUACUGAACAUGUAAGAUUACAUUCAUUUACUGUUAACUAUGUGACAGACAUAUUUAAACCCUAUAGACAAAUAGCAUCUUAAAUAUAAUAAACCACACAUUCAGUUUU